AAAUGUCAAUUGUCAAGAACAAGAACAAGACUUUUGAUCUCAUGUCAUCACCGACCGUCGUUGCUGGGAAAAUAAUUUUUUCCUAAAUAAAAAAACAUUGUGUCACACUGGAAAUACAAUAGCAGACCAUUGGAAGCUUGCAAGGAUAUUAAGGAACAACUGCUUGACAAACAAAAUACAGCAUGUUAAGGGCCACAAAACAUAUUGCACACCGCGACACAACAAAACGGGUGAAUUAUUUGUGUCAUAAAAUUGUGGUUUCAACCAAUUCACAGUACUCCACAUUGAAUUAUCGUUAUGGCGGUGCUAGCAGCAAUCAGCAACAGCAAGGUCAUGGCAACGGCGGCAAGCAUCAUUACUAUCGUCAUGAUUUUCUAGCACCGCACGGUCCAAAGGCCUGGACCAUACCACCAAAUCGUGGUUACGGCAUGGUUGUUGUGCGUAUACUACGUGGUGCAUUGAAACUACGUUAUUUGCUGUUGGGUGGAGCCAUCGGUGGUGGCAUGACUCUAAAUAAGAAAUAUGAAGACUGGAAAGAUGGCUUACCCGAUCUAAAAUGGCUAGAAGAAGCCUUGCCUCAGGGUGAAAAAUGGAGUCAAUUUUCAAAGACAUUAAUUGAAAUUGGUGGUGCCGUUAAGGAUGUUAUUGAAAUUGAUCCACGUUUGAAACAACUCGGAGAGGACAAGGUAAACGAAUGGAGGAAAUGGUUUGAUAGUCGUUUGGAUGAUGCCAUCGAAGCAGCCGAUUAUCAAGUGGUGGCUAAUGUCGAACCCAAGGAUGAUUUGAAAGCCAAGACCACAGUUGCUGCAUUGAGUCUGUCUCAAGAUGAUAGUCGCAGAAAGUAUGAAACUCUACAAUCCCAAGUGGAAACAUUGCAAACGGAAAUAAUGAAUGUCCAAAUAAAAUAUCAAAAAGAAUUGGAAAAAAUGGAAAAGGAAAAUCGUGAGCUGCGCCAACAAUUCCUCAUACUGAAACAACAGAAAAAGACAGGCACCAAGAAAAUCAAAAAAUCUCUCAUAGAUAUGUAUUCAGAGGUGUUGGAUGAAUUGUCGGGUUAUGAUACCAGUUAUUCGAUGGCUGAUCAUUUGCCACGUGUUGUGGUUGUGGGCGAUCAAAGUAGUGGCAAAACAUCAGUAUUGGAGUCGAUUGCAAAGGCCCGUAUAUUUCCCCGCGGCAGUGGUGAAAUGAUGACCCGAGCCCCAGUUAAGGUUACUCUAGCCGAGGGCCCCUAUCAUGUGGCACAAUUCCGUGAUUCAGAACGUGAAUAUGAUUUAACCAAAGAAUCCGAUUUGGCUGAGCUACGUCGAGAGGUUGAGUUUCGCAUGCGAGCCUCUGUGCGUGGCGGUAAAACUGUCAGCAAUGAGGUUAUAUCAAUGACCGUUAAGGGUCCCGGUCUACAACGCAUGGUCUUGGUUGAUUUGCCCGGCAUUAUUUCGACCAUGACCGUGGAUAUGGCAUCAGAUACCAAAGAUUCGAUACAUCAAAUGACCAAACAUUAUAUGAGCAAUCCAAAUGCCAUAAUUCUGUGCAUACAGGAUGGCUCCGUUGAUGCAGAACGCAGUAAUGUCACCGAUUUAGUAAUGCAGUGUGAUCCAUUGGGACGUCGCACCAUCUUCGUACUUACAAAAGUGGAUUUAGCUGAGGAAUUGGCCGAUCCGGAUAGGAUUCGCAAAAUUCUCUCGGGAAAACUAUUCCCCAUGAAAGCCUUGGGUUAUUAUGCUGUGGUCACGGGCCGAGGACGCAAAGAUGACAGUAUAGAAGCCAUUAGGCAAUAUGAAGAGGACUUCUUUAAGAACUCCAAAUUAUUCCAACGUCGUGGUGUUAUAAUGCCCCAUCAGGUAACCAGCCGCAAUCUUAGUUUAGCCGUUUCCGAUCGCUUUUGGAAAAUGGUACGCGAAACCAUAGAACAACAAGCUGACGCCUUUAAGGCUACACGUUUUAAUUUGGAAACCGAAUGGAAAAAUAACUUCCCAAGACUACGUGAAUCCGGCCGCGAUGAGCUGUUCGACAAGGCCAAGGGUGAAAUACUCGAUGAAGUUGUAACGCUAUCACAAAUUUCAGCCAAAAAAUGGGAAGAAGCCCUGAACGAUAAACUGUGGGACAAAUUAUCGAAUUAUGUUUUCGAGAAUAUUUAUCUGCCGGCGGCUCAGUCAGGUUCUCAAAAUUCCUUCAAUACCAUGGUGGAUAUUAAACUGAGACAAUGGGCGGAACAAGCCUUGCCAGCCAAAUCUGUGGAAGCCGGUUGGGAAACACUGCAAAAAGAAUUUAUAACCCUCAUGGAAAAGGCAAAGAAAUCGCCAGAUCAUGAUGAUAUUUUCGAUAAUCUCAAAGCUGCCGUUGUCGAUGAGUCGAUACGUCGUCAUUCAUGGGAAGACAAGGCCAUAGAUAUGUUACGCGUAAUCCAAUUAAAUACUCUGGAAGAUCGUUUUGUACACGACAAAAGCGAAUGGGAUCAGGCGGUGAAGUUUUUAGAGACCUCAGUCAAGGCGAAAUUGGCUCAAACCGAAGAGACCCUCAGUGAAAUGUUUGGACCUGGACAAUUUACAAGAAUCACUCACUGGAAAUCACUGACAGAAGAUCAAAAUAAAAGACGUUAUGUUAAAAAUGAAUUGGAUAAAAUACUUAAAAAUGAUGAUAAACAUAUGCCCACAUUGUCGUACGACGAACUGACCACGGUACGCAAAAACCUGCAAAGAGAAAAUAUUGAAGUAGAUACGGAUUAUAUCAGACAAACCUGGUUCCCAGUUUACAGAAGACACUUCCUCAAACAAGCCCUGCAAAGAGCAAAUGACUGCCGUAAGGCCUAUUAUUUGUAUAGCCAACAAGGAACAGAUUGUGAUAUAAAUUGCAAUGAUGUUGUAUUAUUCUGGCGUAUUCAACAAGUUAUACGUGUUACCGCCAAUGCCCUGCGUCAACAGGUGAUAAAUCGUGAGGCUCGGAGACUGGACAAAGAAAUCAAAGAAGUUCUCGAUGAGUUCAGUGAAGAUGAAGAGAAGAAGGCCCAUUUGUUGACGGGCAAGCGUGUUACUCUAGCCGAAGAAUUAAUAAAAGUAAGACAAAUUCAAGAAAAGUUGGAGGAAUUCAUAAAUUCAUUGAAUCAAGAAAAGUAAACAAAAAAAGAAACAACCACAACAACAACAACAAAUCAAAGAUAUUUUCUUGUUUAUCUUCUUUUUUUAUAUAAUAUGUAAGCCAUUGAAUAUAGUAUCUAGUCCCGGUCGUCAUACAGCAUAAUUUCCUUUAAAAUUAUACGCUUCACAAGCCACCUAAUUCUAUUAAUAUUUAUUUCCAUUGGAGAUUUUAUUUUGUUUGUUUUUUUCUUUCUGCAUUCAUUCAAUAUAUUUCUUAUUUAUAAGAUAUUCUGAAUUCAUUGGAAUAAAGAAAUCCUAUUAUUGUCCAAUUUUGUGAAACAAAUAAAAUAUUGAAAAAAAUUGACAACAUAAAAUAAA